AGCUCUUCUGAAGCACCAGAGGGGCCGUUUUCAGACACAUCACACUGGCGAACAAAGCCAAUGGCAGAGAUCAGUGUUUCACCCUCCAGGGAGCUGCAUGUGCCGAAGAAUCGAGAAGGGCUCAUGGAUGAGAAGGCGUUGAAACGUGCGAACCGAUUAGCUGGCGCAACUUGGACCAGGUUUCGCACGCGUCCAGCUGGGUCAUGCUGGGUCAAGUUGCGCAUGAUUGAAUUCCAUGACGUUCCAACCAAAGACGGAUUGCCAGAGUCCUUUGCAACUGCAACCAAUUUUGUUGUGUGCACCUAGGUAGGGCAGUCGGUGGCCAGCAUGGACUUGAAGGCCGUAGCUGAAACCUAUAAGAGUCAAGCUGGCAGCAGUGGCAUCGAGGCAGCUGCAGCAGCUGCAGCUGCCCUGAACGCGGCACUAAAGGCAUCUCUACACGGAGGGGUGGUUGACCAAGAGGAGUGCCUGAAGGUUGCACAGCAGGAGGUCCAAAAGGCAGCAACGAAGCGGGCUCGCCAAGCACAAGGAGAAGCUGUUUUGGCAGCCCGGGUUGCAGAGGUGGGCUACGAGGGGCAGGCACGCUCGGAGGCAAUGAAGCUAGCGCAUGACGCCCACUUCACCAAGGUCAUGGCCAAUAGGAAUGAUCGCCUGGCUGAAGAUACGGCCACGAAGCGGGCGAUCCGUGAGGAGCGGGCUGCUGCUGCAGCAAGUCGAAGGUGCCUCUCUGAGGCCAGAGCGAGAUUUGGCCAUCGGUGGCCAUCAGUUCCAGUUGAAGACUCUGCUGAGCCGUCAGCAUAUCCUAGUCUUUUGGCAGAUGAUCCUGUGGUACGCCGAGCGCGGGCUCUUUGCAGUGGUGUUGCUCAGGCAGUCUCGCAGCUGGAAGAACAGAACCAGAUGCUGAAGAAUAAGCCAUCUUUGCAGAUUAACCUGCCUAGGUCACAGCCUGCAAGGGAGCAAAAAACGCCAAAGCCUUUCCAGGGGCCGUUUGACAACGAGGAGCUCAUCGCGAAGGUUGCCCUCUGCGCGGUCCUCAGCGCGGACAACCCCCACAAGAGAGCCCUCCAGUCAUGGAAGCCCGCGGCAAGGAGACCUCAGUGCCCUUCAGCGUGCACGACAGCAAUGUACAGAUGUUUGUGUCGAGCUGUCUACAAAGAGCCGUGCAAUGAGACGGUAGCAUACGAACUGACAAGGCUGAAUGAGAAGAUGUUGCAAGUGCAAUUAUUGCAUACUGCUACUGUAGUCGUAUUUAUAUAUUCACAUGCAGACUGAGCAGCAUUAGAGGUUGGCAAGGGAUUGGGCGGGACAAGACUCAAGCAUGACUCAAGCUAAGAAUGCCGCUCAAUGGACUCUAUGUCAUUGUCGCUCAGCCUACAUGUUUAGCAGUUUCACAGGCCCAAUUCAUCUCCUGCCUAGGAUUUUCAGCAACUGAUGGCAGUGUAUGAUUGACACAGCAAGGAGGCCGUAGAAUCUCUUCAACGGACGAUGUUGCCCGUG